AUGGAACCGCGUCUUAUGCAGCAAUACCCUCGAGCAGAGCCAGAUUCAUCAAUUGCGCAGGUUUUUCUAUCAUCAUCUCCUCUUACUCUGUCAUGGUCUGGAGCACUUCCAUCCUCCCUCCAGUCAGGAAACUCUCUGGGUCCCGACCAUCAGCCAUCGUCUUUCUCCUUCUCACCAUCUUCUUCCUCCUCUCCAUCUUCAUUGGCUUCACCAUCCUCCUCUUCCUCUUCCUCUUCAUCUUCCUUCCCCUCUUCCUCCUACUCGUCACUGCAACCCUCAUCUCUUGAUGCCCCUAUUUCCUUGCCUGCUGGGGAGACCACGGUGCGUGGUCUCUACUCUUCGGGCCGCCAUAUUUUUGGUGACCUCGAAGCCUAUCUCGAAUGCUGGUUCGCCGCCAACCCACGACCCCAGAUUCAGUGGUAUUUGGAUGACGUCAAAUUGCCUUUAUCUGUAGAGGGUGUACUGUCUCCAUCAGAGGGCCAGGAUCCUGAACGACUUUACAUAACUGUCACGCGGCUCAUGAUGAAUCUUAGAAAGUUAUCCAAUUUAGAUCUGAUGUGGGAGUAUGGCGGAGAGUAUCGUGCCGUUGCAAGCAACUCUUACGGAAGCGCCGAGUGUCGCACCAUGGUCCUCAUGGACACCCCACUUCGAAUGCGCCCAGUCACCAAUAUGCCACCCGCUAUUGUGGGCCGCGCUUACACACUAAAAUGCUACUUUAUCGGUAGUGGGAUACCCAAAGUGAGUCCGGCUUUAGGCAUUUAUUAUCGCCGUUUUGCUUAUUAUCUGUGGACAUACGAAUCUGAUCCAGAUAUCUUGAGCUUUCUACUAGAGUUAACUAAAGAGCUUGAAAGUUGUUUUUGUGCUAUGCAAUACCAGCUUAUAAUCUUGUCACUCAUUUUAAAUAAUUGGGUGAUUACUAAUUGGAUUUUAUAUCAAAAUGCAUCCAGCAACCUAGCCUUUGGAACUUUAUCAGUUUGUUUGCAGAUUUUAAACUUUACACUCAAUACAAAAAUGUAA